GGUUUCUUCCAUUCAUAAUGUUAACUCCCCUAGGUACAUACCUAGGUAGCUUAUGUGGGUUGUUUAUUCCCCGAAGCACCUAAGGUAUUUAGUUGCACCAAAGUCUCGGGACCAUUUUGAUGCAGCUUGGUGGAUUAUGACUUGUAGCUUAGUUAUCCCCGCAGCAUCCAUCCUGCUGACAACUCUAAUCCCUCAGUUUCCACUCCCUUAGGUCACUCUAUCGUUUGUAACUCCUUAUUGACAGUCAAAUCAAUUUUGUGACCAUGGCGGCGGUUAAACAGAACUCUGAGCUCAAGGAGCAGCUCCGGGCAAAGUUUGUGGGAAAGACACUUGAGGAGGUGCCGACUCCCUCGGUUGUGCUGGACCUGGCCAAGGUGGAAGUGAACUGCGAACGCAUGCUCGAGGCAACCGAAAGAUUGGGAUUGCUAUGGCGCGCUCACAUCAAGUCUCAUAAGACGACGGAACUGACCCGCCUCCAAGUUGGCGACGCCCUCACCACCCCAGUCUCCCUCAUAGUCUCCACCAUCACCGAAGCAGAAAACAUCCUGCCCCUCCUGCAAGAAUACCAAUCCCGCGGCCGAUCCGUCAACGUCCUCUUCUCCUUCCCCCUCUUCCCCAGCGCCCUCCCCCGCCUCGCCGCCUUCACCCAGACCCUCGGCGCGGGCACCCUCUCCCUGAUGAUCGACCACCCCGCGCAACUCGCUGCCCUCACGGCGCACCCCCUCCCCCACCCGCCACAGGUCCUGCUCAAGAUCGACACGUCCUACGGCCGGGCGGGCGUGCCGCCCGGCACGCCGGCCUGCACGGAACUGGUGGCGGCGGCGCUGGACGCCGAGCGCCGCGGUGUUUGCUACCUGCUGGGGAUUUAUUCGCAUGCGGGGCAUAGUUAUGCGGCGCGGGCGGGCGUGGAGGAUGUGUUGGGGUAUCUGGCGGCCGAGUUUCGGGGGCUGGCGGGGGUGGCGAGGGAGAUUGUUUCCGGAGGGGGGGAUGGGAGGGAGCUGGUUUUGUCGGUGGGGGCGACGCCGACUGCGACGGUGGUGCAGCAGCCGGGGGUUUUCGCUUCUUCUUCUGGGGGAGGGGAGGUGGAGAGGUUGGUUAGGGAGUUGAAGCGGGAGGGGUUUAAGCUGGAGGUCCAUGCUGGGGUUUAUCCGACGCUGGAUAUGCAGCAGUUGGCGACGCACGCCAGGGACGCGUCGCUGAUGACGGCGAACGAUAUUGCCAUUAGCGUUCUUGCCGAGGUGGCUUCUCUCUACCCCGGCCGCGGUACUCACGGCACAACCGAGGCGCUCAUCAACGCCGGCACUCUCGCUCUCGGCCGCGAGCCCGUCACAGACAAGGGCAAAGUUCCCGGACAGGACCAUGCAGGUUGGGGAUUCCUAAUGCCCUGGGGUUUGGACAACCCGGUGCCCGGCCCAGACUUCCCCCGGGUUCAUGACGGUUGGCGCGUCGGACGCAUCAGCCAAGAGCACGGUAUUUUGACCUGGCAGGGCAAGGGGGACGAGGUCCCGCUUCAAUACGGGCAGAGAGUUCGCGUAUGGCCCAACCAUAGCUGCAUCGCUGGUUCUGGCUUUGACUGGUAUUUGAUCGUCGAUAGCAGGAACAAGGGCCGCGAAGGCGAAGUAGUGGAUGUCUGGCCGAGAUGGCAUGGAUGGUAAACGUCGAGUUCCCAAGUAGCUUUUUACCGAGAAAAUUCGGCCACCAGUCGGUAGCAGCAAGUAGCAGCAAUGGAAAUGUUGAGAAUGGGUCAUGGAUAACUAUAUGAUGCUGCGUAACACCAGCCCUUUUGCCCAAGACCGGUUACCUAUUCAUUAAC